GAUACAUAUGAAAAGGCAAAAUCUAAAUUGAAGUUGGCAGAAGUGCAAUCUGACCUCGGCACGGAGAAUGAAGAAAUGGAAAAGGCAAAUCGAAAGAUUCGAAAACGGAAAGUCAUUGAGUCAUCCCCUGAAAAAAAUGAAACAGAUAUUGCAAUGCAGUCAAAGCGCUCCCACACCACCAUCUGCAUCUCGAUGUGCACCAUCUCGUUCCAGAUCGUCUACACCAGCUUGUUCUCGAUCAUCCACACCUCCUAGUUCCAUAUCUUCUACGCUGAUCCAUUCCACACAAUCUCGUUCUUCACCUUUUGCACAAUCGCGCGUACCGUUAAGGUGCACUGCAUCUCAAGAGAUGGAAGACAUAUCGGAGCAACUUUCACAUGAGACGUUGAGAUCGCAGAAUAUUCAUUCAUUUGCGGAUGAUGAAUUUAAAACCAAAGUGCUAUCAGAAUUAUCCUUUAUUAAAUUAAAACUUUCCAAAAUCCAAAAAUUCAUGGUAAUUCAAAAGCAAAACACAACAGAAAACGAUAGCAACGAAAAUAAUGAAGUAGACUUGGACGUAAACAAUUUCCCUUUAUCAACCGAUGAAGACCUAAACAAAAUUGAAGAAAAACUGGAUAACGAAGAGUAUAACAAAAAACUAAUUGAAUACCUCGGCAGAAUAGGUGGAUAUACCUAAGUUAGAUGAAAUAACCAAACUUAUUUUACGACGAUUAUUUUCGAAUGAAUUAGCAGCAAAAUAUAGUUGGUUGGGGGCAAAACAAAAAAAGGCCAUGCCAAAUCUAAAAUUGGCUGCUAUUAUUUUAAGUAAGACUUCAAGCAUAUCAGGUCACAGCGGCGGCUCGUAAGCUGCGUAGAAGCUAGUGCCAAAUUGUGUCCCCCUCCCCAUUAUUUUAAUAGUUACAAAUUUUUAUUUUCAU